AAGCUGGACAGCUUUUGUACAGCUAAUAAAGAUCUGUUCUCCUGCAGCUGAUCAUCAGGAGGAGGAGAGUCUGACGGAGCAGCAGAGGAACAUUUUCAGCCUCUACAGAGGAAACAAUGAGUUCAACACAACAGGACCCACAUGGACCGAGAAGUCAGCGCUCUCAGGAGGCUGACAAACCUCACAGAAGGAAGAGAGGAAAAAAAUACACCUGUGAUGAAUGUGGGAAGAAUUUUAGUAGAAAGUUUAACUUAAAAAGUCAUGAAGUUAUCCACACUGGAGAGAGACUGUUCAGCUGUGACUUGUGUGAAAAGUCUUUUACCCAGGCUGGACACUUAAAAACACACCAACUCAUCCACAGUGGAGAGAAACCGUACAGCUGUGAUCAGUGUGGCAAAGCUUUUACUUGCAGUAGCCAUUUAAAGAGUCAUCAAGUUACCCACUCUGGAAUUAAGGCAUACGGCUGUGACUUUUGUGGAAAAACUUUCAGCCAGCUAGGGAACAGAAAUAUACACCUACGCAUUCACACUGGACAAGAUGUGUACUGCUGUGGUCAGUGUGGUAAAAAGUUUACAAGAAACGCACAGUUGCAACAGCACAUGUUUACCCACACUGAGGAGAAACCUUAUCAAUGUGACCAGUGCGAUAAGACUUUUAAAGCUCCACGUUACCUGAAAGCACACCAACAGAUCCACAGCAGAAAGAGACUCUACAAGUGCAGUUACAGUGAGGACCAACAUGGACCGAGAAGUCAGCGCUCUCAGGAGGCUGACAAACGUCACAGAAGGAAGGGAGGAAAAAAAUACACCUGUGAUGAGUGUGGGAAGAUUUUUAGUAGAAAGUUUAACUUAAAAAGUCAUGAAGUUAUCCACACUGGAGAGAGACCGUUCAGCUGUGGGUUGUGUGGAAAGUCUUUUACCCAGGCUGGAAACUUAAAAACACAUCAGCUCAUCCACAGUGGAGAGAAACCAUACAGCUGUGAUCAAUGUGGCAAAGCUUUUACUUGCAGUAGCCAUUUAAAGAGUCAUCAAGUUACCCACUCUGGAAUUAAGGCAUACGGCUGUGACUUUUGUGGAAAAACUUUCAGCCAGCUAGGGAACAGAAAUAUACACCUACGCAUUCACACUGGACAAGAUGUGUACUGCUGUGGUCAGUGUGGUAAAACGUUUGCAACAAAUGCAAAAUUGCAACAGCACAUGUUUACCCACACUGAGGAGAGACCUUAUCAAUGUGACCAGUGCGAUAAGACUUUUAAAGUUCCCAAUUACUUGAAAGUACACCAACAGAUCCACAGCAGAAAGAGACUCUACAAGUGCAGUUACAAUGAGCUCACAGAGUCAAAGUCUGACUUGGUUGGAAAGCUGCAGGAGAAAGUCUAAGUGAAAUGAGCCGUAUGAAAAAUGAACAGACACACAAGUGUCCAAAAAUGACCAGCCAUUCGGAAAACCUCCCAAAACUCCUGCAGAGCCACACAGAUGGAUCCAAUUCUCAACCCUGUCAUCGCUGUGGUGGUUUUGCUGUGACCUUUGGUGGAAAACCUUCAAUCAUCAACAGAGCCUAAAAACACAUCAGAGUAGAAACACUAGACACAAACUGAACUGCUGCAAAGAAUGUGGGAGAAGCUUCCUCUCAACAAGUAAAUUAAAAGACCAUGACUUCAUCCACAGUGGGGUUAAAAAGCACCUCUGUGACCAGUGUGGGUAAUCAUUUACCACUACAGGUGAACUUAAAGCACACAAGCGAGUCCACACAGCAGAGAAACCAUACAAGUGCAGACACUGUGAGAAAAGUUUCUCACGAUCAAGGCAUCGUAACCUUCAUGAACGUACACACACUGAAGGGAACUACAGCUGUGACCAGUGUGACAAGAGCUUCAGGAAUCUCGAUUCAUACUCCCGUCACAAACGAUCCUACGCUGCAAAGAAACUGUUUCACUGUUACCAAUGUGCAAAAACAUUUACUUCAUUAUCUGCUCUGUGCAAACAUCAGUGUGAUCAUGCAGGGCUGAAAUCAUUCCCAUCAUAGGAUCACAAUGAAUCUGCAGACACCCAAAGAUCCUCUUCUGGUUGCACACUCAAACUUGAAAACCUUGAGAUCCAGAUCCACAAAAUUCCGAUGGAAUUACCUGUAAAGAGUGUCAGCUAAUUUCACACUUGGAUUUGAUGAGGUAGCUCUGAUUUCUGGACUUGCAGUGAAUAAUCCUGAAUCUGACAUUUAUGAAGCUGCAAGUACAGAUAUAUACAUCAGUUUUUCUUUGUCUUUGAAAAACUUUAUUAUUGCUCUAAAAUGUUUUCUGAGUUGCAUUUUAAUUGGAGACCCUGUCCUUGGUUAUGAAUGUUCCCAGGUAUUUAACAUUGAUUCAUGCAUCAU